ACAUAUUAGCCGACGCCGACAGCAUUUCGAUAGUACAGUUUGUGACUUCUUCAGGAUAACAUUAGGAGUGCAAUUACAACAGAAAGAUUUUCAAUAUGUCUACUACACUUGUUUCUCAGUAUUCACAGUUAUAUGAUUUUGAUAUUACAAAUGUUCAGAAUCGACUAAAUAAGAACACAGAGCAUUUAGCAGUUGGUGCCCCUGUCAAUAACUUUUCACAGAACAGAAAUCUUCCUAUGGGUACUUUUGGAAACGGCAGUGCCUUUGUACCGGUGACAUCCAACUCAGGCUAUUCCUCCAAUAUAGUCCCUCCUUCAACAUUGAACAUCAUGUCUGCAACAGAGAGCCACCUCAACACACAAGUUCAUCGUAAAUUGGAACAUAGCUGGAGUGAGCCCUGUGACAAAUCAAUGAGGAAUACUGCUGUCGCUGCUAACACCAGUGCUACCGUGAAUUCAACCCGCUACAAGACCGAACUUUGCCGACCUUUCGAAGAAAAUGGACAUUGUAAAUACGGUGAUAAGUGUCAGUUUGCCCACGGGAAACAUGAGCUCCAGAACUUGGCCCGCCAUCCCAAAUACAAGACCGAUUUAUGCCGAACAUUCCACACCAUUGGUUUCUGCCCCUAUGGACCUCGAUGUCACUUCAUCCACAGUGAAGAAGAAAGAAAAUUGAACUUGUUGAAACAACAACAGGCCAUGCAGAUGCAGCAACAACAACAUCCAGGUGUUAUUCAACCUCCUCAGCCCAUCCAGAGACCCAGCUCUAUCAAAUUCACCAGUUUGUCUUCACUUGGUUCAUCUUUAGAUUCACCUUCUUCCAGUGUCAACGCCAGCCCCACCACACUCAGUCCUUCCUUCUUCGGAUCCGGUGACGAUAUCUUCUCCAGUGCCAACAUGGCCAACUUCUCACCUAACCAACAGAGUGUAAGCUCCGGCAGUUCCCGAUCCAGUCCCGUAUUCAGCAGUGCCGCCGAGCUCGACUGGAUGACACCCCUUAAAGUUCAGACGCAGAUGAAUAAUGCCAACCUCACCGAUAUGUCAGCUCUACAGAAUCAGUUCAAUUCCUCCUUGAACUUGAACACCCAGAGAACAGCAUACGAAAACAACAACAUCAACCAUAACGUGUUCGACGAUAGUUUCCUCACCCAAGUCUUCCGAGAAAGUCAAACCUUCAACGACGCCGCCCCGUCAUCAUCACCGGUUGAAUCGGUUUCUGGAUUAAGUGUUGGUUCAUCUUCUUCAAGCAGUGGCAGUGGAUUUGGUACAUGCAAUUCUCCUAUGGAAGUAAGCCGAGGUAUGCGAUUACCAAUCUUCAACCGGUUGUCUCAGGAAUUGUAAACAAAAACUUUAAAAAAAACUUGUGCCUUCGCGAUUACAAUGGAUAUAUAUUAUAUUUUCUGCCAAUUUACAUAUUGGUUUUGUGUAUAUUCGACGAAAAGUUUUGAUACAACGAAACGAACGAAAAACUUUAUUAAAAAAACAAUCUCUGAGACUCAUGUGAGUAAACUGUUGUGUAUAGCUUUUGUUAUUAAUUAAUGUGACUUCUUGUUUUUAUUAACUAUUUUUUUCUUUCUAUUGAUGUUCGAUGUUUUUGAUACUGCCAAAUUAUGUUUUUAAAAGAUCUUAGGUUAGUAUAACUAUAAAUCUCGUAAGAUUUUUUUUAAAGCUCUCCGGGCGAGGGCCACAAUAAAACUCCUACGUUCUCUUGGUUCAUUCAAACUUUUUUAGUAGUGUUCGUUAGGCUACUCUCUUAAAUUCAUUUCGAAGAUCAUAUUCACUUAAUACUAUUUAAUGUCAUUACUAAUAAUAAUUAUUAUAUUAUAUGUGUAAAUCGAUUUUAUUUCAUUCCUAUAUAUGUACGUAUUUAUUUUUAAAAUGUCGCCCUUAAUGCUUUCAUUGCCACGACGUGGUGGUUUUUAAGGACCAUAAUUUUAUUCCACUGGAAUAUUAAGUAUUAUUUUGAGUAUAAUAUACAUAAUUCAUUGUGCCUUAACAUUUAUUAUUUAAGAUAUGAUCAGGUCUCCUUUAUUUAUAUAACGUAAAUUAUGCAAAUACUAGUAUUUAAAUAUCUUCAUAACUCAAACACCUCCUUCACGAUCAUUAUUUAUCAUAAUUUUAUAUAUUUAUUAAAAUAACUAUGCAUUUCAAUACAGCAAUAAUAGAUAAUAUAAUGGCAUUGACCAAUAUUUGGCCAUUAAAAUUUCGUAUUUUUCAGUAAGAUUUUAUUAUUAUUAUUAUUAUAUAUAUGUUCUAAAUUAUGAUGUCACCAAAGAUGCGUGAAACUUUUUAUAUCAUUUUUUUCAAACUU